AUGACUCACAAGGCCCCCAGCCUUGUCCGGUGGCUGGACGCGAACAACGUCGGUACGACCAACCCUGCUCUCCGCCGCCAUGCUGCUCAGCAGCAGCUUCUGAUGGAUAUUGCCGACGAGAUUGACAAGGCUUCCGCCACCCCGUCGUUUCAAGGCGACACCCUCGGUGAUGACAACAUGCCCCGCCCCUCAUCCGAGUGGGUGGACGCCAAGGCUGCCAAUUUUGGCCGCCUUGCCACCGACCUCAGCCAGACCGCCACCACUUCGACCCAGAAGCAGGCCCUGUCCAACUUCAGCAUGCAGUUCUACGACCUUGCUGCUGAGAUCCGCCGCCUGUCGGUCCGGUCUGCUGAGCAACGUGCGCACCAGGAGACCAAGAGGCGCGAAGACCGCGAGGCCAAGGCCCGUGUGAACCGCGCUUCUCGCCUUCCUAUGGACACUCCCACGAACGGCAACACCGCCUCGGUGAGCAAUUCGGUGACAAACCCAGGCCGUAUUAACCUUUUGCAGUCUACUGCCGGUGUUUCGCAAGCUGUCAAACGUGUCUCGGCCACCUCCAUCACCACCACCAACACUCAGGUUCAACCAUCCAUCAAUGCCCCGGCUUGUCACAUUGCCGGCAUUGCUCCGGCACUCGCCCACACCUCUGGCUGCGAGUCGAGUGGCAACACUGCGAUGGCCUGCAACCCGCAUGCGCACAACUCGCUCCACGCCACCCUCCAGCAUUCCGAGCGCAACUCUGUUUCUCAUGUUGCGGCCUCUUCUUUUUCUGGCCCGAGCGCCUCGGACGCCACCCAUGUCCCGGCCGACACGCAGCCCGGCCCUAAUUUCCCAAUUAAUGUCGGUGCCUCGGACACAUCCGUCCCCGUUGCCGCGUUCAUGAACCGUGACACCAAGGACCUUUUGGCCCUUGGCUCGCAGACCUCGCUGGACAUGCAGUCCCGCGGGGAGGUCAUCCCCAACCUCGUUCCUUCGGACGACUUCGACUACACCUAUGGUGAUGGUCAGUUUGCCGCGUUUGGGGCAAGGAGUGUGAACCUGACCUGGCCAGACCACUUUGAAGCCAACGUCGAGCGUUAUGACAACGCCGCUCGCCUUGGCACCGGUGACGACGACAGCUCUGCGGACUUUUCGCAGGUGACUGACGUCACCAAGAUCGGGAGCUUCCCUUCGUCUGGCCUCGUCUCUGACGAGGACGUUCUUGACCUCACUGCCGACACGGACAGUGAGGAAGACAGCGACUGGCUCAACACUGACAGCGAGGAUGAGGGUGUUACGCGUGCUCUCGCGACCCUUCCCAACCCUGUCAUGUCGUCGCUCUCCAACAGCGUCGUGACGCAGGCACCUUUCUCCUCGUUUGCCAACGGUGACGCUGUUGGAAACAUUUGGUACCAGCAGCACACUGACCUCUCGUCGCAAGAGCCGCAUCUCUUCCUCCCUCUUGCUUCGCCGACCUCGUACCGCUCGCGUUUCUCGUUCCACCCUCCGCCCUUCCUUGCCGGAGCGACCACGAGCAAGUCUGCCCCUCGUGUCCUUGCCAUUCCGCCAUGGCGUGCCCCUGUCGUCGCUACUCAGGACGACAUUCGCGCCCUUUCGCACUGGCUGGCCACUCACGUCAUUGGUCGUCUUGCAUACCCCGAGCCUGCUCGCUCUGAAGCGCUCGGUGCGUCGUCUGACGAGUGGGAUCUGGGUGGCAUCAUCGACAAGGCUGCGAAGCGCAAGAGCGGCGCCGUCGACUUUGAGCCGAAGGGCGUCCUGCCUGGCCGUCCCGUUACUCCGGUCCGUCCUUACCGUGUCCACGGCAAGGUUCCCGCCGACCCCUUCAAGGUCCUCAGCGUCCACGGCCACGGUCCCACGAUCAAGCCCCACGCCCAGCUGGUCAGCAUGAUCGCCCACCUCAUUUCCGAGAAGGAGAUCACCGCCGAGGUCAUUGUUGCUGCUGCGUGGUUUGUGGAUGCGCUCCCUGUCCACGAGGUCGACGACGACGUCAACAACAACAAGCUUCGCGAGCUUCUCCGCACCUCCAACGCUGGAGAGUCGUUUGGCGUCGAGCGUCGCCUCAUCAUGCUCGGCUUGCUCUUGGCCGACAUGUCGAUUUCCGACCAGCACUGGUCCGCGUCCGACUGGGGUCUGGCUUCUGGUGUGCCCAAGGUCAAGGCGUGCGCCAUGGAGCGCCUCGCCUUGAUUUCUCUGAAGCACUCCAUUUCCAUCCAGCCCAAGACGUGGCUCGACCACUGCACCAACGUCUACUCGAGCCUCGCCAAGCUCCGGUUCGAACCCUCGCUCAACUGGGCCCUUCUCGACGUCUGCCACCGCAUGGUUCAGACCGCCCGGUCGAUUGUCGAGGGUGACCACAUCAACAAGAACCAGUGGAAGAAGGCUCGUUCCCAGCUCGACUUCCACGCUGGUGUUGAGGCGAUUCGCGCACACCAGAUUGACACGUCUGCCAUGCCGGCCGAGGCCGUGCUUGAGGACCGUGACGAUGCCUGGCUUGAUGAUGUUGGUCGCGAUGCCGAGUGUGCUGUCGCUCAGCUUGUUGACAGUGACCAGGAGAACAUUCGUCCCGCCCAGAUGGGCGACGACGAUGACGAGUACGAAGAGUUUGACGGUGCGGGCUCGUUCCCUCAGCCCACGUUUGACGAGGAAGAUGAGGACGAGUACGACGGCCCCAUGUUCACGGACGCCGCCACCUUCCACGAAGCCAUUCUCCCCCCGCAGAGGCUUCAGGAGGCCGCCCCGACUUCGUUCUCUGCUGUCGCCCUUGCGCAGCGCCUCCAGGUCGUCGCCACCCAGCAGAACGCUUCGUUUGUGCCGGUCGACUCUGCCAUUGGCGAGAUGAGCCAAAUGACUGGCAACACCUCGAGCACGUUCGUUAACAACAACGACAUCGACGUUUUCGACGACAACGCCUCAGACUGCGACUCGGACUUUGAGGAGUACGAUGGCGCGGGCCGCUUCCCCAUGCCCUUCGCUCCUCCUACCCGUCACCAGUCCAUGUCCGCCAGCGAGAGCGACAUGUCCGACGCCUCCGACUUUGGUAUCCUUGCCGGCAACAACAGCUCGCCCUGCCGCGCUGCCUCGGUCAAGUCGAACGAUAGUCUCGUUCACGGCUUUGCCGGGUUAACCGUCACUGGCCGUCUUCACGGCGGCACCAUGAAGCGCAGCGUCUCAAACGGCUCCACUGCCAGCCGCUACGCCGACGGUACCCUCAAGCAGCCCCGUGCCGUUGCACCCUUGGUUGUGACUCGUGCCCACGUCGUCUCCCUCGAGACACAGGCCGAGCACCUCGCCCUCGUUCCCUACCACCCGGCCACUGUGCCGACUAGGGACCAAAACGAGGUCAUUACCUCACUGCGGAAGAUCCGCAACGAGGUGGCAGCUGGAACUCUGACGAACCGCCCAUUCCCCGCGCCUCCAGUCGUGGCAAACAAGGCAGUCCCCGCCCACCCUGUCAAGCCGGUGGUCGCCCUGCCCCCGCCUGGCGCUCGUCCUCCCCAGCUUCGCCGCGAAGAACGCAUUCUCGGUCGUUGGACAAAGAAUGGUGCCUUUGGUGCCCAUCCAUUGUCCGAGAAGACGCGCUCGACCGUCCCGAGUGUCAGCAACCUCACUCACAUGGGUCCGUCCUUCUUCGCACCCCCUGGUCACGGUCCUCGCUUUGGUCAAGCCUCCAUGGCUCGGCCAGUCCAGCCCUGGACCACCGCGACCACUUGGGUCCCUGUGGCGGGUCCUGUUCCAACACAGAUCCCAACUAAAUCCCACACCCAAAACCAAGCCCCGGCUCCCGGGCUCCUCGAACUUCCUCCACUCUCCGACAUCCGCAGCGCUGCGUCAUCUGGAUCCGGCGACCGCGGAGGGCCUCGCACUCCUGCGUCGCUGUUCCGCGUGCUCUCGUGGCGCAACAACGUCGCCGCAGCUGGCAGCGAGCGUCCUCCUUCGGUCGCCUCGUCCAUCGCAACGGUUCCCGACGCCCUCGGCUGUCGCAUGAACCCCAACGUGUGGGAGUACCGCCAUGCCCUCGAUGAGGCGCUGGCGGAGGAAGAGGAGGAGCACGAGCUCACGGGCUACCCCCCGCCCUGUGGGCGGGUCGACCUGCCCGAGCUUCAGCCGGGUACGGUCAUUACGUUGCGCGCUCGCCGUAGUGGCAUGUGGUCCUCCUGGUUUGAACAGGACCACCAUGUCACUAGCAACAACGGCUGCGCGCCGCAGGUCACCGCUCUUUCAUGA